ACACACACAAGUACACACAGACGCACACACACACACACGUGAACACAGACACACAACACACAGCUGUUUGGUUACACUUCCUCUUCACUGACUUCGUUGUUUGUCCUCUGAGGAACUUCCUCUUCUGUCUGCUUGUCUCUAACAGUGAUACGUCUUUUCUCUGUCUCUGUGUCUCUGUGUCUCUGUAUCUCUGUGUCUCUAAGUCUCUGUGUCUCUAAGUCUCUGAGUCUCUGUAUCUCUGGACCUGGAGGAUCGACCGGUUUUCUAAGUGUAAUGGAAGAAACAGGAGCUGGAGCUGGAGCAGGACAAGGAGCAGAACCAGAACCAGGAGCUGGAGCAGGACAAGGAGCAGAACUAGGAGCAGAACUAAGGAGGAACCCGACUCACACAGACGCUUUGGCUUCAGGGUGCUCCUCUCUGACGACUCAGCAGCUUCAGGAGAACGUCCGGGUGGUGAAGCGGCGGCACCGUCCCAUGAGGCUGAUGUUUGAAAUCCCUUCAGCUCGGAUCAUCGACCAGGUUCUGAGCAAACAUGUGGUGUACCAGGUGGUGCUGAUGCGUUCGGGCAGGUUCGAUUCCCGCCGUGUUUCUGUCGAGCGCCGUUACAGCGACUUCUCCUGCUUCCACCACAAACUCCAGCAGGAGUUCAGGGACGAGCUGGAGGACCUGGUUCUGCCCCCGAAGCUGCUGAGCGGGAACUUCUGCCCUCACGUCAUCGCAGAGCGACGCGUGGCGCUGCAGGAAUACUUGGCUGAAGUGAACCGCGCACGCUGCGUGCGUCACUCCAGGCUUUUCCCCGCGUUCUUCACGGAGCAAGAGCAGAGGCGUGCCCACGCGCUGCUGCGGGCGGGGCAGUUCGAGGCGGCGCUGCAGCAGCUGCAGGAUGUGUUAGUGAUGGAGGAGAAGCUGUUACCAUGGCAAAGCGCCACCCUCCUCGUCCCCACCCUCUCCGCCCUCGCCGUCUGUCACCGGGACCUGGAGGAACCGGAGCAGGCGUAUGCUGCGGCUCUGCGGGCCCUGCCUGCGGUCCGACGUUAUGGAUUGAAGCGCCACAGGGCGGCGCUGUUGAGCCUGCUGGUGGAUGUAGGAUACGAGUUGGGGCGUCCGGCGGCUCAGUUACAGGAGGAGCUGACCACGCUGAGGGACGCUGAGCGAGGGGAGGUGUCCUCCUGCUCCCUGAAGGAGCUGGUGGUGCAGGAGUUUAUCUGAGGACCAGGUGCUACAGGGCCGGACCCACAGCCCCCGGGGGCCCUGAACCUCGGGGGGGGGGGCUCACUGACAUGAGCUCUGAUGUUUAAAUGUUGAAGUUACAGUUUAUGUGAUUGAACAGUUUGUGUUUAACACAUGAAUCAAACAUGAUUAAACUCAGUUUAUUUCUACUGAC